AUCCUGACCACUUGCAUCGCUCCGCAACUGCACGUGAGCUGUGUGGAGCUUUGUGGUGAGCCCUCGGUACGGUUAGUGUGGACGUCACAUUCUGGCGCUUCUGCUACUAUUACAGCAGUCGUGUGUGGAAUCGCUGGAUUGAACGAGCGACAGUGAAGCGUAUCAAAGCGCAUAGAGCGCCCGGGAACAACGGCUCGCGAACACCCGACGGGUUCCCGAUCCCGAUGGUCUGAUUUCAUCGAUCGAUCGUCAUCGUCGUCGCAGCUCACAGGGACGGGUGCAUCGUAAGGGUGCGAGGAGUAUGUUUUGGUUUUGGCCACCCACUCCCCACUCCCCUGUCCCACCAGCCAACAGCGCUCUUCCUCCGCACAACGUACUCCACGACCUCCACGACAUCCACGACCGGAGAUGGUGAAGCAUAAAUAGGGGACCGUGCGUGCGUGCGUGCGUGCGUGCGUGUGUACGUGCGCCGAUCGCGCAAUGUGGCGUCGUGCUGGCGACGGUGUUGACGGCGAUGAUGCAUCUGUUGCUGGUCGCACGUUAGUGGUAAAGGUGAAUGUGUUGUGGUGAUCAGUGUGUCCAGCACCGGAACCCAACAGAGGAAGGGUGGUGACGAGUAGUUGCGCACGCGUCGCGAUCGUAGAUUAGUGUCAGAAUUUAUGUCGGUAUGUGCAUGUGUGUGUAGUGAUCACGUAGCAGCGUAAUAUGGAAAGUUGAUAACCACAUGCUGCUCCAGUCAGUGGUGACGACGACGACGACGACAAUAGACGAGUAACGGAGACACGAAACAUCAGCCAGCUGAAGGUGAAGAAUCCCGCGUGUGUGUGCGUGUGUGUGUAGCAGUGCGUCGUGCAAGAUGGCCGUCAACGUGCUGGAUGAGGAUCACUUCGCGAUCAGCGCGAUCGUGACGGUUGUGAUGCAGAUCAUCUUCUUCCUGAUCGCCGCCAUCUUUCAGCUGGACAAGCUGACCGAUUUUGCCGGCGGUGUCAACUUUAUCAUCAUUGCCUUACUGACCUUCUUUCUUGGCCAGAUCGACCGUGCGCUCAAGCCCUACGACAGCCGCCAGUUGAUGGUGACCGUGUUCGUGUGCCUGUGGGGUGCCCGGCUAUCGGGCUAUCUGCUCUAUCGGAUCGUGAAAAUCGGGCGCGACAAGCAGUUCGAGGACAAUCGGCGUAAUGUGAUCCGGUUCGCCGUCUUCUGGACCUUCCAGGCCGUCUGGGUGUUUGUCGUAUCGCUGCCAGUCAUCAUCAUCAACUCGCCGCGCCACUCGUUCCCGAAAGCACCGAAAACGAUGACAACCCUGGAUUCGGCCGGUACCGGUAUGUUCAUUACCGGGCUGCUGGCGGAAACGUAUGCCGAUCUGCAAAAGUUCUCCUUCCGCCAGGAUCCGAUCAAUCAGGGCAAGUUCUGCAACGAUGGUUUAUGGCGGAUGUCGCGGCACCCGAACUACUUCGGCGAGAUCGUUAUCUGGUGGGGCAUAUUCGUCAUCUCGUUAAACGUCAUCGAAGGCAUCGAGUGGGUCGCUAUCAUGUCGCCGAUCUUCACGACCCUCAUUAUCCUGUUCCUGUCCGGCAUUCCGGUGCGGGAACGGUCGGCGGAUGAAAAGUAUCGCGACGAUCUCGAGUAUCGAAAGUACAAGGCGUGCACGUCACCGCUCAUUCCCAUCCCACCGGCCAUCUACUCCGAGGUGCCGCGUGCCCUCAAGUUCAUCCUGUGCUGCGAGUUUCCGCUGUACGACUCACUGGACAAGCGCCGGAAGGAGGAGGGUCCGUUCGCGAUGACCACCUCGAUCUCCGUUGCUCACUCGCACUCCACUCACACCUAG